UCAACAAAAUCUGACCUUACUUAUUUACUCCUCUCUCUUUUUUCUUUUUACUAUUCCAUUGGGGUCUCCCCCAUUUUGACUCCAAAACUGACCCCAAAAGCCCAUUUCUUUCUCCCUCUUCUUUUUUAUCAUAUAUGUGUCUUUUUCCUUUCUUUCCUUUUGGUUAUAUAUUGCACCCCACUUCCCUCUCCUUUGCUUCCUCUCUAUCUUUCUCCCCCUAUUUGUUUCAUUGUUUUUUUUUUUUUUAUAUUUGGGUUUGUGUUGGGGAAGAUAAUGGAAGCACCUGAGGAAGUCCCAAUGGGGUCUAAAGACCAAACCAACAACAUCAUAGUUAAAGGUAAGCGAACCAAGCGUUUAAGGCCUCAAUCUCCUAUCCCUUUUGCCAUUGCUUCAAACAAUUCUAUUUUCAAUGGCGAUAAUGUUGUGAACAUGGAGAACAACAACAACAAUUAUGGUGAAUAUUUGUCACUUUCUUCUUCCUCCGAUAAUUACCAAGAUAGCACCACCGAGGAAGAAGAAGACAUGGCUAAUUGUUUGAUCCUAUUGGCUCAAGGCCAAUCUAGGGAGCCGCCCCUCAAGUUAUUACAACAACCCGACGAUCAUCAUCCGCAUCAACAACAUGAUUCCGGGGUUGUUUACAACAAAUUCAACAGCAGAAGGUUCAUGGAAGCCGCUUCCAACGGGGACGGUAAGGCUGGGUACUACGUUUACGAGUGUAAAACGUGCAACCGGACGUUCCCUUCGUUCCAAGCCCUGGGCGGUCAUCGUGCCAGUCAUAAGAAACCAAAAGCGGCAGCAACGGUUGACGAGAAAAUACGACAAUUCACGGCGGGAACGACGACAAUAGGAUUAUCGGAUGAAGAAGAAGGGCAACACCAACAACAACAAUUCAUGAAGAUCACUAACAACGUUUCAUCUCUUUCCCUUCAAUUGAGCAACACCAACAACUACAACAAUCAUAACAUUAACAAUAGGGUUUUGUAUGGGAAUAACAACAAAGACAACAACAACAAUAAUAAUGGUAAGCCUAAUAAGGUCCAUGAAUGCUCCAUUUGUGGGUCGGAGUUUACAUCGGGACAAGCCUUGGGAGGACAUAUGAGAAGGCAUAGAGGGUCCAUAGGAGGUGGUAGUAAUAGUGUUGUUGCUGCUAACACUGCGUUGUCGUUGAAAGUGGCAACGCCAUUGGAACAACCUCAGCAACCUAAGAAACCGAAGAACGUUUUGUCUUUGGACUUGGAUCUCAAUCUUCCGGCCCCCGAUGAUGUCGAUCAUCGGGAACCGAAAUUCUCCUUUGCUUCCAAGCAACAACAGCAGCAGCAGCAGCAGCAGCAACAACAACAGCAACAGCAGCAGCAACAACAAUCAGCUCUUGUCUUCUCCGCCCCCACUUUGGUGGAUUGUCAUUACUAAAACAAGGUUAAAGAAUCCCAUUUUUUUUUAACUCUUAUUUUUUUUACUUAUCCCUCGUUUAUAUUAUACAAAUGAUUAUAUCAUCCAAAGCUGAAUUGGGUGUUUUUGAUUUUUUUUUUUUAUAUUUAUUCAACAUUUUAUAAGAUUCUUUUGAUUCUUUUGUCCUUAA